AUGGAUCCUGAUGACCGUACAACGCGGCGCAGGUCUGGCCGGGUGCUUGAGAAGGCGCGCGCGACGGGGGACACACAGCGUGAGUCGCCGGUGAUGACGUCGUCGCGAGUACCAACUUCCACCAAAGUACAGUCAACGCCCAAGUCUGGUCGAUCUCGAAACUCACUGUCUAGAACGUCACCGCAGCCAUCGCAGCCGCAACAGCGACCUCCCAGCACGACCCCUUCAGCCCCGGCGUCCACACCAAAGCGGCGCAAAACAGAGGCACAACGUGCAAGUGCACCGACAUUGCCUGAUCUGCCACUUCCCUCACUUCCGCGGAGACCACACUCACUGCAUUCGCUGCCAGCCUCAGUGCUUGCCCGCAUGACACCGCAUGAGCGUGUGCGACGACUCUUGCAUGUCGGAGCGACGCCUGAGUCACUGCCGUGCCGAGAUGAACAGUUCCAAGCGGUUGUUGAUUGCACGUCUGAUGUACUUCGAGCGGGAGCUGGCGGUUGUGCCUACAUAUGCGGUGUCCCCGGUACCGGCAAGACGGCAACGGUGCGGGAGGCUGUACGGACGCUGCAAGCGAUGCAAGAGCGAGGGCAUUUACCGUCGUUUACAUUUGUCGAGAUCAAUGGCAUGAAACUGGCGUCGCCCAUGCAGGCAUAUACAGAACUUUGGUGUGCAAUCAGUGGCGAUCGACAUCGUUUGCACCCGCGCGCUGCGCUCACGAGACUCUCUUCGCACUUUCACGCGCCAGCGCCAGCGGGUCGUCAACCGACCGUGGUCUUGAUGGACGAGCUCGACCUGUUUGUGACUUCGCGCCAGGAUGUGAUCUACAACAUGUUCCACUGGCCGGAUAUGCCUGGGAGUCAACUCAUGGUUCUGGCUGUCGCAAAUACGAUGGACCUGCCGGAGCGGACGCUGCAGCCCAAGGUGGCCAGUCGACUUGGCAUGACUCGCAUACCUUUUAUGCCUUACACGAACCGGCAGCUCUUAGACAUUGUGCGAGCACGUCUCAAUGUCGACGAGUCGGGAAACAGGUGUUCUGACGCGCCUGCGACGCUUGGAUGCGAGUCAGUGUUCAAGAUGGAUGCACUUGUCUUUGCAUCGAAGCGAGUUGCGAAUGUAUCGGGAGAUGCACGCCGCAUGCUCGAUGUAUGCCGUCGGGCGGUGGAAGCCGCAGAGGAACGUGCGGCGGCACAUCACACGGCACCAAGUCCCAUUACAAUACAUGAGAUUCGCGAUGUCAUGGACCGCAUGGCACGCUCGGGACGAGCUGCUCACAUUGCAGCGCUGUCCCUUCAUGCCAAGCUGCUGCUUGCCAGUAUGUAUGCAUGCAUGCGGCGCACGGGCGUCUCGGAAGUUGUAUGGGGCGAUAUUCUUACUCACCAUCAAGCGUUGUGCCGCACACAUGCACAUGCCGAAUGCAAUGAGCACGAACUCCUGCGUCCACUCGCGACGUUGUGCCAGCUUGGACUUGUGAUUGCUGUGGGUUCUGGCGCUGGACAUGCACGUGGCGGUGUCUUUUCGCGCUUCCUGCUGGCCGUGCAGGAAGACGAAGUGUACGGGGCACUGGGCGACGAUGCCGAGCUCCAGGCCCUCUUUGCAUUACGUUCGUCUACGUAA